AGAUGGCCAUUCUUGUGUCAGACGACGUGCGAGUCGCUUGGUAUGCGUGUGCAAAAUUUUUCAAUAAUACAAUCUUUUUAAUGAUUUAUUUGUUGUUAAGUGUUGAUAAAAACUGUUGAACUAAAGUACUUAUGUUAUAUUCGAGUGCAUUUGACUAUAAGUGGUGCUAAAUCAGUGACAUUAUUGUGAAUUGUGAUUUAUAACUUUUACCAUGAGUAAAGCAAAUCCUUUAGCUGGCUUGAUAGCUAAUUACGGGGAUUCUGAUGAGGAAUCUGAUGAUGGAAUGCAGGCGCCGCCGUUACCACCGGAGCCUGAUACACGGAAAUCUUAUCCUGCACCCUUGCCAGGACAUGCGUAUCAAAACACGGCUGUGAACUCUUCGGGGGCCGUGCACCCAGCCCCUAUACCUCAUUGCCCAUGGUCAGCUUGCUAUGAUGAGUCAAGUGGCUUCACAUACUACUGGAACCAGCAAACCAAUGCGGUGACAUGGGAAGCACCUCCGGAGUACUUACUGGCUUUGAAGCUAGCACAGCAGCAACUACAUGUCGCAGGUACGGCAGAAGUAUCUGCAGAAGAGUGGCAGCUCUACCAACAGGCGUUGGCAGAGAAACAGAACAUGCAGAACAAUAAAACAGUUGCGAAGACUUCCGUCAUUAAAACUACAAGGAAGGUUGAAAAGAACAAUGUUGGCAUCAAGGAUACUGGCAAUAAGAAUAGAAAACGGAGUCAUAGUGAUGAUGAGGAAGAAAAAAUCGAACUAAUAACAUCAUACCACAAUUCGGACUCUGAAUCUAAUGAUGAGGGAGAUACACCUACUAAACCAGUGGUCCCGAAGACUAAAACCAAUGUCCACAAGAAAGCCAAAGUAAAACCCAUGGAGUAUGGACCUGCCUUACCUCCUGCCAACUACACGGUGCCAAUCGGACCUGAACUGCCUCCGGAAUUGAUGCAAAAUGGAACUAAAUCGCCUGGCGAUAAGGUUGACAAUGAUGUGACAAAACAGGAUAAGAAAACCGACGAAGACAGCCAAGACGAAAGCACACUGUUCCUUAAACUUAAAAGUAAAGCAAAAAUAUUAGAAAAAUUGGGCGGCGAGUUACCAAAAGACUUACAAAAGAUAAUCAGUGAUGACCCUCGAUCUGGUAGCUCCACACCAAAAAGAGAUGAAGCCAGCACUAAACCCAGUGCUAACAUCGAUGACAUGCUAGAAGAAAUUGAGAAAAAGGAAUUGCCUAAAGUCUCUAAAUCAAAGAACAGUGAUGAUGGAAAGUCUAAUGGAUCACUUAGUGCUAAGAACUCUCCUAAAAGGGUAGCCACACCUCCAGCCGCUGAAGUUAAACCUCUGUUCCCAAGUGCUAAUGCCAGACAUUUAGACGAUGCCCCAGCGACCCCACCAUCACUUCCCCCAACUCCUCCACUCAAUGAAAUAGAACAUGAAGAAUUAAGAGUAGAAGUGACAGAGAAGAAAGGUGUCAAUCUUUAUCUAAUGGACAUGGAGGAGAGAAGAGAUAACAUUGGCAAGAAGAAACUAAGAAUAUCAAACUCUGUGCUACCAGACCGCAAGAAGACUGAGGAACCAUCUUACACAACCAAAUAUUCACAAGUCAUUGAAGGUUUCUCUGGAGAGAGAACUGGUCUAGGCUUUACUAAAGAAGAAGAAGGUCGUGAGAGUCCAAAGAACACCAUUAAUUACGGCAAUGGUUUAAUGUUUACCAAAGGAGAAACAUUGAAUGAAGAUAAGAAAGAUGAGGAUCUCGAUGACCUGACGGAUCUAGUCGAAGCUAAGCUCAAGUACUUAAACCAAGCACAGCCGUGUGUACUGACACCGGUGCAGGAGAUGUUGAUACAGAUGCAGACGCUGGUAUCAGCAUUCCGCGCGGGCGCGCUGUCGGUCGCGUACUGGCGGCGCUGGGCGACGGGCGCGGCCGCGGCGCUGGCGGCGCACGAGGCGCGCGCGGCGCCGCCCGGCUGGAGCGCCGCCUUCCUGAGGUCGGAGGGGCGCUACUGCUACAGACGGGAGGCUGACGGACUCGUACAAUGGGAGUACCCGGCCACUACGCACACCGAUAUGGAGAUAUGUACCACGCCGCCGCAUCCUGGGAGUGACGCUAAGGAGGAAAUACCACCACCGUUACCGCCGACUCCGCCACAGGCGUCGGUACCAUCGCCGCCAUCAUUACCGGCCUCAUCCUGGCAGAUGCGAUCGGUGACACCACCCCCACCAGUACUUACUGGCGCUGCUCCAGCGUGGGGUCGGGCCAGAACCCCACCGCCGCCAUCUUGGAUGGACCCGCCACCACCUGGCUGUGAUGAUAUUCCACCGUUACCUGUUAACUCAGAACCAAAACAAGAGAUCGGCGACGAGUUAGCCUCAUUCUACAGCGACAUAGCAGAGCUUGAGAAGCAGACGUCGGCACCCCACACAGCCUCCAACUCGCCUGAACCAGUGGACAUGAAAGAAAAAUCAAGAGAAAAGGACAGGGAGACUCAAAAAGAAAGAGAUAGAGAAAGGGAAAGGGAUAAGGAUAAGGAAUCUAAGGUUCCCAAGAAGAAAUCUAAGGUAAAAAUAUCAGCAUCAGUGGGAUUAAAACACAAAUCAGUAUCGAAUUUAGUAGCGAAAUGGCAACAAGUCGCAGAUGAGAUCCACUCAGACUAACUGUAAUAUUAGUAUACUACAACGGACUUAUAAUAAUAUAAAAGGCGAAUAGAAGGUGUUACAUUUUGUACCCCUGCCUACCCGCUGAAUAAAAGACGUCAUGUACCGUCAGAUUGAAGCCUGAGAUAUGCUGUGAAACUAACCAAUAUUGUAUUUAUAAUAACAUAAACAAUUAUGCUGUAAAAAGUCUAAACAAAAUGAUAUUUAAGUUUUCCACCUAAGAUUCAAGAUUCAAGUGACCGGAAUGGAAUUUAAAAGUGUGUACUUCAUAUAUAAUAUUGGUGCAUAAAAUAGCUGUGAAUUAUAUUUUAGUAAAUAAACCUAAGUCCACACGAUAUGGCUUCCUUAUUAAGCAAUUAGUAAUAUAACUACACACUUAGAUCUGUAGUACAAAAUCUGCGUAAAGGAUAAUUCUACUUAAAAUACAUUUACUUAUUUACCUACCUCGAUGUAAUUAUUAUUAUUGACUAGCAUAAUUAUGUUUUCUUAUAGUAAAAUGCUUAGAUAUCUUCGAUGUUUUACGUAAUAUCAAUGGUCACUUGAAAAUAUAUUUUUGUACCGUUUAUUUUGACAUUGUCAUAAUGAUAAGUUUUGUUUUUGUUUCGUAAUCAAUACGAAUGUAUGUAUUAAGUUUUGUGUAAAUAUUUUGUAAAUAAUAAACUAUUAUUAUAAAGAAA